CUUAAAACAAGGGCUGCGUCCAAAACCACAUACUAUUGUACUAAUGAAGAUGGUGGUAUACUGCUUCUGACACAUAGAUAUGUUCUGCCAUACUCACUAGUGUGGUCGUAUGCAGUUUUGGACGCAGCCAGGAUUCAAGGUUGAGGAGGAGUGUCUGUGGUGUUGUGUACAUGUGACGUCGUCAGCUGAUAUUGUAAUGCAGAAGCUGUCUUGGAACUUUCGUUCGGUAAAUAUCGAAUUCUUAAUAUUGUAUUUAAGCAAUGCAAAGACAGGACGCACCAUCAGCCUCGCUUUCUUUGUGUUUGUAAACUGUCGAGGCACAAUGUAUUGAAAGGUCGCUAAAGUUGUUUGUGCGUAUGUGAGUGUAUCACUGUCGGCCUCCGAUAAGAAACCGGCUUUGCAUUGGUAACGGUACUCGACAAGUAACUCAGUGUGAAAGUCUUUCCAAAUUCACAAACUUAUCAUUUCCUACUCUCGUGGAAGGCACCAUUUAUGUACUGGUAUGCUGAGGAGACCGGUGCUUAAUUGGGCUUCAAUUUGGAAAAGAUCAGUAACGCCGAUUCUCUCAAGCUGCCAAAACAAGACAAUCAUGGCUCGCCAGUUGCACGCUCGAAGGCUCGAGGGAGUCGACAAGAACAUUUGGGUGGAGUUUACACAGCUAGCUGCUGAUUAUAAUGUGGUGAACCUGGGUCAGGGGUUCCCUGACUUCUCUCCUCCCAGCUUCAUCCAAGAGGCUUUCUGCAGUGCCAUCACUGGAGGUGCCUCCAUGCAUCAGUACACACGAGCCUUCGGCCACCCAGCGCUUGUCAAGAUCCUUGCAAAGUUCUUUGGGAGGAUUGUGGACCAGGAAAUUGACCCUAUGGAGGACUUCCUGGUUACUGUGGGAGCCUAUCAGGCUCUUUUCUGCACCUUUCAGGCUCUGAUUGAUGAGGGUGAUGAGGUGAUCAUUGUGGAGCCUUUCUUUGACUGCUAUCAGCCUAUGGUCACGAUGGCAGGAGGAACACCUGUCUAUGUCCCACUAAAACCUAGAAAAUCCGCUGGCCCUGGUUUGUCCAGUGCAGAUUGGGUUUUAUGUCCUGAAGAGCUAGCCAGUAAUUUGAACUCUCGCACAAAAGCUAUCGUCAUCAACACUCCUAAUAACCCAUUAGGCAAGGUUUUUCAAAAGGAUGAGUUGCAGAUGAUAGCUGAUUUCUGUAUAAAGCAUGAUAUUAUUUGCAUAAGCGAUGAGGUCUAUGAAUGGCUCACGUAUGACGGAGUACAGCAUAUUAAAAUAGCUAGCCUACCAGGCAUGUGGGAGCGCACAGUUACUAUUGGAAGUGCAGGCAAGAGCUUCAGCGCCACAGGAUGGAAAGUGGGUUGGGCAAUGGGACCAGGCAACAUGAUAAAGCACUUGAAAACUGUCCAUCAGAACUCAGUGUACCACUGUGCCACUGCUGCUCAGGAGGCUGUGGCGGUGGGCUUUCAGAGGGAAUAUGACACGUUUGGCACAGAAGAGAGCUAUUUUAAACAGUUACCUGCACAACUCCACGCUAAACGCCUCAGGCUGGCUGAGUGUCUGAGGAGCGUGGGUCUGGAACCCAUCAUGCCCCAGGGUGGAUAUUUCAUGAUCACAGACAUCUCCAGUCUGAAGGUUGACCUGAAUGACCCCAGCACAAAGGACGAACCCUAUGACUUCAGAUUUGUCAAAUGGCUUAUCAAAGAGAAGGGUUUGGCCACUAUCCCUGUGUCUGGGUUUUACAGCCCAGAACACAGAGGCGACUUCCAGAAGUACAUCAGGUUCUGCUUUGUCAAGGAGGACUCGACCCUGAAAGCAGCAGAAGAUAUUUUAAGACAGUGGAGCAUUACAAAAUGAGUGUUGGCUAUUUCUAACAGAUAGAGAGGAUGAUACUGUUUCCGUCCAAAGUUAGCUUUGCACAGCAUGUCUGACUCAAAUCGAAAUGUUUCCCAGCAAAGUCUGAUUCAGGUCAUAUAGCCCACUGCAUAAUAUUAUUUUAUUUUAAUAUUUGAUAGAAUUGUUUAAAUGAAAUCAGAAUAUUUUGUUCUUUUUUGUUGUUCUUGUCUGACUGCAUACAUAUGUUAAUAGUUAUUGUAUCUGAUUGAAUUGAACAGCUAGCAGAAACUAGGGAUGUGAAACUUGAAAACUGUUCUGCUUAGGUGGAACGAGGGGAAAAGUAUACUUAUCUUGCCAAAAGAGGGAGCUACUAGCCUUCAUUGAAUAGAAAUGAAGACGUAAAAAUUAUGCUGAUUUUUAAAGACAAUUAAAUGACUGUGGCAUAUUAAAGAGUAUACAACACAAUCAUAAAUAAUCAUAAAGCUCGAUGUUAUUUUGGUGUUUCCAAAUUGUUAAUUCAGUGUUUUAAAAGAAAAGAUACUUUCUCAAAAAUGAUUUUUACCUGAAUUUAUUUCCUUGGAUUUUGCUUAUUUCUGUUGUAUUACUGAAACUACCCAGGUCAUGCUAGCCCAUCCAGCAUCUUAACGCACACAAAACGGUGGCAGUGUUUAUAUUUAUUUAGAAGCAUUAAAACUACUUCAGGUAUGAGAUCCCUUGUAGUUGAAUAUAUCACUAAUGUGAAUAACCACAAAUACACUCCAGGAGAGAAUAAUUAACCUCAUAAUGUUCAUUCACAUCACUUGUGUAAGCCUGCAUAGGCCUGUGUUUUGAUUUCUAUUCAGUUUACUUUCCAACCUGCUGAUUGUAUAGAAUGCAUUCUCUGACAUGUUUCAUUGAUGAGUUGAACGAUGCAGAACACAAUAAAGUGAAUAUUGCUUUCAA